UAUCCUUGCGGCUCUAUUUGAGAGGAGAAACUGUGGCGCUGGGACCGUGGGGAGACUGACUGAAAGAAGAGUGGGUCAGUGACAGCGAGGGGAGUGUGAGACUGGGGCUGCAAGGCUACUGUGACCCUGGGGCACUGACAACGAGGGGACUGUGACUGAGACGCAGCUGCUCGCGAGGGGUCUGCGACCCGCAGCAGUGAAUGCUGAGGGACUCUGACCUCGGAGAACACGAGGCAGAGGCUGCGAGGGGACUAUGACCGAGGAAGUAUGAAGCAGUGACAGCAGGGAACUGUGACCAAGGACCAACGACUCGGAGGAGACCGAUCGAUGGAUAGUAACUGUGAAAUGACUCUGACCUAAGGGAACAUGAAGCGGCGGCUGCAGGGGGAUUCCGACCAACGAGCAGUAACUUUGAGGGGCUGAGUUGGAGAAGAGUGUGGGAUCAGUGACUGGACAGGUUAGAAGAAGAUGGAUGCACAGAAUUCAACCAAAGUCAACAUGAGGAAGAGGAGGAAAGAGAUACCUGGACCCAAUGGGGCAGCAGAGGAUGAUGGAAUUCCUUCAAAAAUGCCACGCUGUGCAAUUGGCUUACGGCAGCCAGCGCCUUUUUCUGAUGAAAUUGAAGUAGACUUUAGUAAGCCCUAUGUCAGGGUAACCAUGGAAGAAGCCAGCAGAGGAACUCCUUGUGAACGGCCUGUGAGAGUUUAUGCAGAUGGAAUAUUUGACUUAUUUCAUUCUGGUCAUGCCCGGGCUCUGAUGCAAGCAAAGAACCUUUUCCCUAAUACAUAUCUCAUUGUGGGAGUUUGCAGUGAUGAGCUAACACACAACUUCAAAGGCUUCACCGUGAUGAAUGAAAAUGAGCGCUAUGAUGCAGUGCAGCACUGCCGCUAUGUGGAUGAGGUGGUGAGGAAUGCCCCCUGGACCCUGACACCAGAGUUCCUGGCAGAACACCGGAUUGAUUUUGUAGCCCAUGAUGACAUCCCUUACUCUUCUGCUGGGAGUGAUGAUGUUUAUAAGCACAUCAAGGAAGCAGGCAUGUUUGCUCCAACACAGAGGACAGAAGGUAUCUCCACAUCAGACAUCAUCACCCGAAUUGUCCGCGACUAUGAUGUGUAUGCCAGACGGAACCUACAGAGGGGCUACACGGCAAAGGAACUCAAUGUCAGCUUUAUCAAUGAGAAGAAAUACCACUUGCAGGAGCGAGUUGACAAAGUCAAGAAGAAAGUGAAAGAUGUGGAGGAAAAGUCAAAAGAAUUUGUUCAGAAGGUAGAAGAAAAAGGCAUUGACCUCAUUCAGAAAUGGGAGGAGAAAUCCCGAGAAUUCAUCGGAAGCUUCCUGGAGAUGUUUGGUCCAGAAGGAGCGCUGAAACAUAUGCUGAAAGAGGGGAAAGGCCGGAUGCUGCAGGCCAUCAGUCCAAGGCAGAGUCCCAGCAGCAGUCCCACUCGUGAACGCUCCCCCUCUCCCUCUUUCCGGUGGCCCUUCUCUGGCAAGACCUCCCCGCCUUCCUCCCCAGCAAACCUCUCCAGACACAAGUCUGCAGCCUAUGAUAUCAGUGAGGAUGAAGAAGACUAAUUUUUCAUUGCUCCUUUCCUCUCCCCUCCCUCUGUCCCAUCACCGUCAGAAGCUCUCUGUUGAAUUCUGAAUUGUGAUCCCAACACUAAACCCAAGGACAGCUACAAAGGAAAGACAACUGGGGCAAGAGUACUUAGGAUGGGGGGACUAGACAGCCUAUCCUCUGAGAGACAUCACCCACCCCCACCAAGAAAGAGGCUAACUACAUCUUAGAAGCCUGUUUGGUAUCCAUAUACCUUCCCCAUGGACUUUGCUUCACUGUUUAUGUUCAUGUGAUCUUGACAGGGAAAUUGUCAUUUUUAUUAAUUUUUAAAAAAUUAGUCUUUGAAAUGUAGUAAAUAGAACUAAUUUUUUGCCCCCAAGGAGUGGGCAGAAGGAAGCGGUGUAAUACCCAGAGGCCUUUUCUUCCUGAUACACUAUAGUAUUUGCCUUCUGUUCUGAGGCAAACUGUUUUGCCAGGUCCUUCAGGCAAUGAGCCAUGCUGAUGGGUGAUUUGGAGGGGAAAUAUCAUAAUUUUGGUUUCCUUUAAAAAAGCUAAAAGCUGAGUAAAGUCACAAAUCCCCUAAGUGUACUGCUGGCACAUGUGUCAAUGUGGCUAUGGGAAGAAGGACAUCUGAGUCUAACUUUUCUUGCUCCCUGAGGAGUUUCUUGUUGGACCCAGUGGGGUCCAUGAAGACACUGAUAGGGAUGGAACCAGACCACAUGGCAUCUGCUACGGUUUUUCUGCUAUGUUCAUCUUCUCAGAGAACUCUGUUGCCCAGUUAUUUGGGAGCUCUUGUCAAUCUCUUUCCUGUAAUCUACCUUUAAAGGGAGGAACACUUCCAGGUUUAGUCUGAUUGGGGAGGGAAAUGAGACAAUACGCAAUGUUAUGCAAAGUCAGUUUUGGUUAAUUUUCUUUCUGAGAGUAAGUCCCUGGCCCUGUGACUCCUAUUUUAAUACUUAUUACCUAGCUUUUUACAAAGGAUACUUUUUAAAUGUUUGCAGUUUGAACAUGAUCUGUUAAUCCAUGUUGCUCAUAGCCAUAUCGAGUAUUCAGAGAGAUUUGCACAGAACAUAGGCUCAAAAGCAUAAGGAAACACACCCCUUUCUAAAGCCUUUUCUUGACCUCUUCCCCUCUUAAGAGUGUCCUUGACUGGAACCAGUGCUCCAUGAGGUGUUUAUUUUCCCCUGAGAGUUGGCAGCUGGCAGGGACUCCCGUCUGCUGCCCUUCCAGCAAGUCACCGAGCAAGGGCUCACUUUACAAGAGUGUUGUAGGUUCCCUCCCUCUCACUCUGCCUGGUUCCACCUCCCCUGGUAUGUUGCCCAGGGGAUUCACUGCUUAAAUUUCACGUCAGAGAAUGCUGAAGCUUAACACUUGCUGUUGAGCAUAAGCUCCUUUUAAACCUCUAGCAUCCUACAGUACAUGACCUAGCAGAUCAUCAUCUAUCAUAAUCCUGUAGCUGGGUUUAGGGUGAAAAAUGGUUUAUGUCCAGGCACCAUCCCAUCACUCAUAAAUACCCCUUGUGGGGGUGGAGUUUUAGUGUUUUCAGCUAAGAAAACCACAUCUUAUCUUUCCUUGCCCCUCUGCUAGGGCUGUGAGCAUCUCAUAGUCCCCUCCCUAAACACCUUCUGUUAAAACUUGCUCUUCUGCCUGAGGGUCGGUGGCUAGAAUCACUGCCUGCCUGCACAGCAGGACUACCUAGGUCCUCAGAUCAUCCAGAGGGGCAGAGCACAGCAGAGGAGAGGGACAAAGUGGGGGAAACCUCUUGGCCUGAUGGCCUAUGAAAAUUACAUUUCUAACUCUUCUCAUCAAGUGCUAUUUUUACUAUCAAAUCUGGUUUACACAAGCUUUGGCUUGGAAUCCUUUUUUUGGAACAGUUGAAGUUAAUGUUUUCCUACAUUACUCAGCUUGAUAUGAUCAAGCUGAUAUGGUCACAUAUUUUAACUUGCUGCUUCAGUCUUGCCUCUUUGGGAAUUCUGCCCAUUUCUGUCAAUAGAAAAGCAGUGAAAUCACCACUGAAGCCCACUUACGUGUUCUCUCAAAGUACACAUGUUAUCCAAGUGUAUUUGGAAAAGGAGGUGCCCAGAGUAUGACUUUCCUCCCUGCAGUCACUCUUCUCAUGUGUAUUGUCUGGGUCCCAAGUUUUUGGUCCUCCUCCUCCGCUCUGUAAAUGGGCUGCUUUUGGCAUAUCCUGCCCUUGGAAUAUGACCUCUAAGCUGACAAGCUCCAUGAGACUGCUAGCACCAGCAUGUGCACGUGUUCUUGGAAAACUCUCACCCCUUUUGGUGAACCUCUGUGGCCUCAGUCUCCUAACACUAGUACAUCUUCAAAUAAUUUUGACUGGAAGCAAAAAAUUUUAUGGCGUGGCAUGCUAGAUACUUUGGGAUAAAUGUGGUCCUACAUGCUAGACAAGGGUGGGUGGGUGGAAGAAGCUAUUGGGAUGAUGCAUUGUUUGAUCAUCUGUGCCUCAUCAAAUGAGGUUAGAGGUUCGCAUUCCAUAACCAUGCAUGUGAUCUGUAAAUCUUUAAAUAUUAUUGUUAAUAUUAACUUCUAACAUUAAUUUUAAUUAGCUGUUUCCCUGAAUCCCACACACAAAGCUGUCAGCCUGAAUAGAUCAAAUGUGGCAGAAAUGGGAGAGCCUUAAAAGUUGCUUGGCCCCCAGUGGUUAAGAAUCCACCUGCCAAUGCAGGGGACACAGGUUCGAUCCCUGGUCCAGGAAGAUCACACAUGCUGCAGAGCAACUAAGCCCAUGCACCACAGCUACUGAGCCUGUGCUCUAGAGCCUGCGAACCACAACUACUGAGCCCACGCGCCACAACUACUGAAACCCGCGUGCUCUAGGGCCCGCGUGCCGCAACUACUGAGCCCACGUGCCACAGCUACUGAAGCCCGCACGCCUAGAGCCCGUGCUCUGCAACAAGAGAAGCCACCUCAAUGAGAAACCCGCGCACCACAACGAAGAGUAGCCCCUGCUCGCCGCAACUAUUGAAAGCCCACGCACAGCAGCAAAGACCCAACGCAGCCAAAAAAAAAAAAAGUUGGUUGGCCUCAGAGCCUCUCGCUGUAAGAUAGAAAGAGAAUGGAGACAGAAGCCCUGUAGCCGGUGCUGAGGAGGUGCCAUUUCAGCAGUUACCUUGAGAUGAGCUGGGCAAAAAGUUUGCUUUUUUCAUACACUAGACUCAGUAGCACUGAAGGAUAGAGGUUGAAAUUGUAGAGGAAUAAAAAUGGAUCAUUUAUACUGCUGCAGCUGCUUCUGAUAGCUAGAGCCAAAGACCAUUAUCUUGCUGAGGCUUGGGUAAGAAGGUUGGGGAUGUGAGGAGGUUGAAAAUCUUGAAUGAGAGAAAAAAUUUGAGGGAGGUCAAGAGAGCUUUUGACCUUUUCUGAUCACUGAUAACUUCCUAGGCAGCACCUGAGUUAACAUUUUUCUUACUUUUGACCACACAGCUGUCCAGGCAGUCUUUGAAUAUUCCCUCCACAAUGGUUCUUCACAGUGAUUUUUAUUCUGUUUCUUGAUGUAUGGGUAGCUUUUGUUUUUCUGGAGCUCAUUGCCUUUUUAAUCCUGUUCCAGACCCUAUAUCUAAAAUCUUUCCAAAUCAAGUAUAUUUCACUGCUUUUGUUGAAUUCCCUAAAAGCCAUAGCUUUUACAUUUUCUGUCACCACAAACUAUCACCAGAAGUUGAAUCAGUACAGGUAGGAAAAGAGCUCCGUUAACAAUGUUUUUAACUAAUGGUAUUUUUUUUUUAACCUUACCAAUAUGAGUAUUUUUAAAGUUAUAUUUUUCAAGGUCAUGCAAUGAUUGUUCUUGUUUUCUCUCACAGAAUAGAUUGUCAUGGGAUAAAGAGUGGUCCCUAGCUAUUAUUUUUCCAAGUAAGUAGAACAUGUUCUUGGGAUUAUACUAUUAAAUGUUAAUUUUCUUUAAAACAAAGGAGAAAGAUACUCUGCCAAAGUUUAAUGUUAGUAUUCAGAUUGGGGCAGAGAACAAAAGUACUUGGUUUAACAUUAGGAUGACUCCAGUUGUGGUUUUUUUAGCUUCCAGGUGGGCUUUCCCACCCUUCUUAGGGAGGCACUGACUGUUUUGAACACAGAGACUUGAUUGGUUGAGUUGUUUUAUAUUGAGGAUCCUGAACAGAAAGUCUUGGAAAAAAAUUCUGGCCUUGGCAUGAAUGUUGGCCCCAUCACCAGUGCCGGUGUCCACAAGGACAUUUUCCUCAAUUGGUGUUCAGUAUAUUGUUUUCCUGUCUGAGUGUUAUUAAAUUGUUCAGUUAUUUUGGUUUUUGUCAUUAGCCAAAUAAAGGAAAAGUGAUUUUA